AUGAUUGAUAACGUAGUAUCAUCCGUGGAAAACACACUGAGGAAGUCGAUAGACAAGUCAUCAGAUUACGAUUUGGCAGAAAAAAUGGAGGACAUGAAAAAGGUAAUAAUCGAGGAGGUGAGGAGGAACCUGGUGUACAGUAAACCGGUGGGACCGAUCAUGAGCUCGAAGGAUAUCCUCACGUUAAGUCAAGAACAGGAAAGUAAAUUUAAUGAAGAGGUGCAUGAGUUGGGAUUGCAUGUGAACAGAAUACACCACAAUUCAACUCCAGCGUUUUUGUACGAAAUGGCAUUGAAAUAUGAAUCCAAUUCGUUUAUAACAAGUACGGGAGCGUUGUGUUGUAUAUCUGGAGAAAAAACAGGGAGGUCUCCAUCGGAUAAGAGGAUUGUGAAGGAGAGUUCCUCAGAGGAAAACAUUUGGUGGGGGAACGUAAACAUCCCCUUGAAGGAAAAAUCCUACGAAAUAAAUAAAGGCAGAGCGAUAGAUUAUUUAAACUUGCAACCAAACCUUUAUGUAAUAGAUGCCUAUGCAGGGUGGGAUGAAAAGUGUAGAAUAAAAGUCAGAGUUAUCACCUCCAGGGCAUACCACGCAUUGUACAUGCUAAAUAUGCUUAUACCUCCAAAAAAUGUGGAAGAAAUACAGAACUUUAUUCCAGACUUUAUUAUAUACAACGCUGGAGAUUUCCCUUCGAACAGAUUAACCGAUGGAAUGUCUAGCCAAACGUCGGUCAUCAUAAAUUUCGGUGCAAUGAAUAUGAUCAUUUUAGGAACCCAAUACGCUGGUGAGAUGAAGAAAGGUAUCCUAACCUUGUUUAUGUAUAAAAUGCCCUUAGAAGGGAAGUUACCGUUACAUUCAUCGUGCAAUAUUGGGAAGAAGAACGACGUGACUUUAUUCUUCGGGUUGUCAGGCACGGGGAAGACAACCCUGUCUGCUGAUGCGAAUAGGUAUCUCCUAGGGGAUGACGAACAUGUAUGGACAGACGAUGGGAUAUUUAACAUAGAAGGUGGAUGUUAUGCAAAAUGUAAGGGCCUUUCAAAGAAACAAGAACCGGAAAUAUAUAAAGCGAUUAAAUUUGGUGCUAUUCUCGAAAAUGUAGUUAUGGAUCCAGUCACCAGGGAGGUAGACUAUAAUAACUGCUCAAUAACGGAGAACACACGAUGCGCCUAUCCCCUAUCCUACAUUGAAAACGCCAAAAUUCCAGCGUAUGUGAAUGCACAUCCGCAGAAUAUUAUUCUCCUAACCUGUGAUGCCUUUGGAGUUAUUCCUCCACUUUCCAAGUUAGAUGUAUACCAAAUGAUGUACCAUUUUGUUAGUGGGUAUACGAGCAAAAUGGCAGGUACGGAAAGUGACGUCCUCAUGCCAACAGCGACUUUCUCCUCAUGCUAUGCUGCUCCUUUUUUGGCACACCAUCCUAUGGUUUAUGCUAAAAUGUUAGCGGAAAAAUAUCAGAAACAUAAGGCCAAUGUAUGGUUGUUAAAUACUGGCUGGAUUUAUGGAUCCUACGGUUCGAAGAAUGGACAACGAAUUCCACUAAAGUACACGCGAAUGUUGGUAGACUGCAUACACGAGAAUAAGCUUAUCGAUGUAGAGUAUAAGAAGACCCCCAUUUUUAACUUUAAUAUUCCUGCCCGCGUGGAGGGUAUUCCUGAGGAAGUUUUAGACCCCCUCGUUGGAUGGAAGGACAAGGAGGAUUACAUGAAAAACCUCCAAAACUUGGCCAGGGAGUUUAUCAACAAUUUUAAGUUAUUCACGGAUAAGGCGGGUCCGGACAUCCUUUCCGGUGGACCCACCCUUUAG